AUGGAAUCGACUUCUUCAACAUCAAGGUUUCGAUUCAGAGAUCAUAACGAAGAAACGGCCGACGGAGACUUGACGAAUGGCCGGAUCGGUUCAGACUCUUCGUCGGUUUCCAGUGACGGUGACGUCGAGUCCGAGAUCGAGUCAAUGACCGGGAAGGGUAUUAAGCAUCUUUGUUCAGAACUUCUUGAGCUAAAGAGGGAGUCAGAUGAGGAUUUUCAGAAAAGCAUCUUUUCCAAUUAUUCAGCCUUCCUUGGAAUAUUUGAAGAGAUGCAAGGCAUGGAAAAUGAACUGAUGCAAUUGAAACACCAUGUUUCUACACAAAAAAGGCUCGUGAAAGACCUCACAGAUGGUAUCUAUAUGAUGGUUAUAGCAGAUGAGACAGUAGAAUCAAUGAUUGGAGUGACUUUACAUAAGUCAUCCCCUCUGAGCCUGUUAGAGGCUCACACUGAAGAUGUUUCAGAAAUUUUGGAUACUCUUCUGUCAGAACACAGGGUAGAUGAAGUUCUUGCUUUUCUUGAGAUAGAAGCGGGAACAUUUCAGAGUAUGCAGUUGGAAGAAAAUCUUUCCUCUGAUGUGUUUGUGUCUUAUACCUCCAUGAUUUCAGAAAGGAGAGCAAUGCUCGCUGACCAACUGAUUAAAGUGGCUGAAAAUCCUAGAUUACCUCCUGCAGAAUUGCAAAAGGCAUUGGCUGGACUUUGCAGACUUGGCAACAAUUCUCUUGCGGCUAAGUUAUUGCUUAAGUACUACCAUUCACGCAUUUUGUCUGGUAUAUGUGAUUUGCAGUCCUCAAAAACAAAUUUUCAUGGCAUAUACAUUCGUGAAACUGCAAAAUUUGUCUUUUCUAUGAUCUCUCAGGCAGCAAGGAGUUUUGUUGUCAUAUAUGGAGAAACGUCUCCAUAUACCUCAGAACUAAUGAAGUGGGCAUUUGAAGAAACUGAAGUAUUUUCUACUUGUUUAAACAAAUAUAUUAAAUCAAUAUCAGAAAUUAGUGGCGGAUUGUCAACAGCAGUGGAAGCUGUGCAGUUUGCAAUGGCUUAUUGCUCUUUGUUAGAAACCCAAAGAAUUGUGUUGCAGCCAUGUUUGAUAAAACAUAUACGUGAUUGUAUGGAAGAGGUGCUACAGAUCCAUGUAGACCACUUUAAGAAAGUCAUCUAUAUUUUUACAUCGGCUGAUGCUUGGGUCUUGGGCAGAUAUCUUGUAUCAGGAAUUUUUUGUGAAGGGAGGGCCUCUGUGGUUAUUGGUCAACAACUAGAAUAUUGCAUGCUGACUAACAGCGGCAGGAAGUUUGUGACACUGUUACAGGCUAUUACAGCAGACCUUUCUCCUUUAGUUUCCCUUCAAAUGGAGGGUCCAAUCCUCAGAGGACUCGUCGACCUCUUCAUGGAGUAUAUUGUCGUCCUAGAAAGAGCCCUGGCUACUGAUAUGAUUGCCACUGAAGAAGCUGGUUCAAGAAUCAAUUUGGCAGAGACACUUGCACAACAAGUUUCUCUAUUAGCCAACUUAUCAACACUUGUGCAGUUUUUCUCUGGCAUAGUGAGAAAUGUCUUUAAGAACAUCAAUCAUUUGAAUUUUGAGAUCGAUAGUUAUAUACUAUAUAUUGAAGAGGCUUGUGGUCGACUUAGAACUCAUUUCUGCGAGCAAUUCAUACAUAAAAUACUGUCUUGUGAAGGUUACCAUGGACUUACUGUAGAAAGUUGCAUCAAUAGCCAGGAGGAUGGUUCUAACAUGUUUGGCAAUCUGGUGCCCUCUGUUUGUUAUCAGGGAUUGUUUGUAGAACUAAGGAAAUUGCAAAAGCUAGUAGAAGACAAUUUUGUUGUAGUAGAUUGGUUGAUGGAUCUACUGAGGGAACUAAUGGAGGCCAUAUUUGAUUGGAUCUCGAGUAACAAAGAUAUCUGGACAAUUAGGGAAGAGCAUUUGACAGAUGAAGAUUUUGACCAUUUCAUGCAGCUUGUUCUGGACAUGCAUUUCCUGGUGGAAAUUGCUAGGUGCCAAGGCUACCUAACUGACAACAUGAAGAACGCCUGCAGGGUUACUGUAUCUCACAUGGAAUCUGUCUUCACCUAUGCAGGGUUGAAUCCUAAAAGGGGUGUAAACAAUAAUGAGUGGGGCUGUAAAUGCUGCUACAAAUGCCCUUCUAAAGCUACAAGAGAUUGCAGAGACAGAACUACUUUCAGACGAAACUCCUGA